AUAAUAAUAUUGAGUAUGUCAAAUGAACACAGCAUACCACCUUGCUUUAUAUUUCUCCAGGUCAACAACAAUGGGGUUAUCUCUUUUGGAAAGUAUGUCUCAGAAUACACUCCUAAUGCUUUCCCUCUGGAUAAUGGAGUACCCUUUGUUGCUCCCUUUUGGGCUGAUGUUGACAAUAGAGUCAGUGGGACGAUCUCCUGGAGACAGACCAAAGACUCGGUGCUGCUUAGUCGGUUUGCUGCAGACCUCAGUCGGUAUCACCCUGAUGUUUCCUUCACACCUGUCUGGAUGUUUAUCGCUACCUGGGACAAAGUAGGCUACUAUGGAUCUGUUUCAAAUAAGGUCAAUACUUUUCAAGCUAUCCUGGCCACCGAUGGAGAAAUAUCUUUCAUCAUGCUGAACUUUGCUGACAUACAGUGGACCACUGGAUUUGGAAACGAUGGAGAUAUCUAUACAGGGCUUGGAGGAACCCCCGCUCAGGUAGACUUGGGAUAGUUUGAAGGUGCAGCA